AUGAUGGCCGCCAUCAUGAACGGCAUCAACGGCAAAGGAAACUACAAACAGACCUAUCUGAUAACUGGCGCCAGCAGAGGCAUCGGCAAAGGCCUCGUAGCCGCCUACCUCCUCCGCCCCGACAGCAUCGUCAUCGCCUGCGUGCGUGAUGUCGCGACUCAGUCAGCCGCCCUGGAGUCUCUCCCAAAGGCAGACACCUCGUCCCUCGUAGUCGUCAAGCUGGACUGCGCCUCGGAAAGCGACGCCUCGGCCGCCGCCUCGCAGCUCCAGACCAAUCACAGCAUCACCCACCUGGACGUGGUCAUCGCCAACGCCGCCAUUGCGACAAACUACGGCCCCGCCUCGACGAUGCAGCUCGAGCACCUGCAAAAUCACAUGAUGGUCAACACGUACUCGGUGCUGCUCCUGUUCCAGGCCACGCGCCUCCUGCUCCAGGCGGCAAAGGCGGGAAACGCAAAGUUUGUGCUCGUCGGGGCACCGCUGAGCACCAUCACGGGGAUGGAAGAGUACGCGCGCGUCCCGCUGAGUGCGUACUGCGUGUCCAAGCUGGCGGCGAACUGGUUGGUGAGAAAGUUUCACUUUGAGAAUAAGUGGCUGGUGGCUUUUAUUGUGGAUCCCGGUCAUGUUCAAACCGACAUGGGAGAUCAGGGGGCGCGUCUCAUGGGCCGAAGCAAAGCGCCUACCACGAUCGAGGAGAGCAUAACGGGAAUUUGCGCGCGGAUUGACGAAGCGACCAAGGAGAAGACGUCUGGCCAGUUUGUGCUGCAUGAGGAUGGAUCAAAGUUGGCUUGGUAG